GGGGCGGGGCGAGGCCGCCAAGAUGGAGGCGGCGGCGCGGCGGGUGUCGCGGCAGGAGGAGGAGCUGCAGCGGCUGGCGGCUGAGGUGGGGCGGUUGGCGGAGCAGCGGGCCCCGGGCGGCCCCGAGCUGCAGCGCCUGCGAGCCGAGAAUGAGAAGCUGCGCUACCGCCUGCUGCACCUGCGCCGCAGCCUGGACGCCGAGCUGGCCCGGGCCGCGGAGAAAGUCUCCAGCGCAAGUCCAGCUGUUGUGGUGAAUCAAAGUAACAAGGAAAAGAAAAAAGAGAAUAAAACUGUGAACCAACAUCAAAAUGAUCUGCAGUGUGAGCCAAACUUCAUACAAGACAGACUGAAGCUUUACGAAGCACUGAAAAAAGAACAUGAUGCUUUGCUAGCUUACAGAGCAGCCAACCAGAGCAAACCUAUCAAGAUUACUCUGACAGAUGGAAAGGUGGCUGAAGGGGAAUCCUGGAAAACCACACCACAUCAGUUAGCUGUGGGAAUUAGUCAAGCGUUGGCUUCAAAUGCAGUCAUAGCCAAAGUGAAUGGUGAACUGUGGGACCUGGAUCGUCCACUGGAGGGAGAUUGUGCUCUGGAGCUGCUUACAUUUGAUGAUGAAGAAGCAAAAGCUGUUUAUUGGCAUUCAAGUGCUCAUAUUCUUGGAGAGGCCAUGGAAGGUUAUUUUGGGGGCUGCUUAUGCUAUGGACCACCAAUUGAGAAUGGAUUUUAUUAUGACAUGUACAUUGAAGACAGAGGUGUGUCUAGCACUGAAUUCCCCCUACUAGAGAACCGCUGUAAAAAUAUCAUCAAAGAGAAGCAGGCUUUUGAAAGGCUGGAAGUCAAAAAGGAGAUCCUGUUAGACAUGUUUAAGUAUAAUAAGUUUAAAUGUCGUAUCCUUAAUGAGAAGGUGAACACACCAACUACCACAAUAUACAGAUGUGGUCCGCUGAUUGAUCUCUGCAGGGGUCCACAUGUGAGACACACUGGAAAAAUUAAGGCCCUUAAAAUAUUUAAGAAUUCCUCUACCUAUUGGGAAGGAAAAUCUGAUAUGGAAACUCUGCAGAGAAUAUAUGGAAUAUCUUUUCCUGAUAACAAAAUGAUGAAGGAAUGGGAAAAAUUCCAGGAAGAAGCCAAAAACCGGGACCAUAGAAAAAUUGGAAAGGAACAAGAACUGUUCUUCUUUCAUGAUUUUAGUCCUGGAAGCUGCUUUUUCCUCCCCAGAGGUGCCUUUCUUUAUAACACGCUUGUGGAUUUCAUACGAGAGGAGUAUCACAGGCGUAACUUCGCUGAAGUUGUAUCUCCAAACAUCUUUAACAGUAAACUCUGGGAAGCUUCAGGACACUGGCAGCACUACAGUGAAAACAUGUUCUCUUUCGAGGUCGAGAAGGAAACUUUUGCCCUUAAGCCGAUGAAUUGUCCAGGACAUUGCUUGAUGUUUGCCCACCGUCCACGAUCCUGGAGGGAAAUGCCUCUUAGACUUGCGGAUUUUGGAGUUCUUCACCGAAAUGAACUUUCUGGGACUUUAACUGGCUUGACUCGCGUAAGGCGCUUCCAACAAGAUGAUGCUCACAUCUUUUGUACAAUAGAACAGAUUGAAGAAGAAAUUAAGAGCUGUCUUGAUUUCUUGAAGUCAGUGUAUGCUGUCUUUGGUUUUACCUUUCAACUGAAUCUUUCUACAAGACCAGAAAAUUACCUAGGAGAGUUGGAGAUCUGGGAUCAUGCAGAAAAGCAACUUCAAAGCAGCUUGAAUAACUUUGGAGAGCAAUGGAAUUUGAAUCCAGGAGAUGGAGCAUUUUAUGGUCCUAAGAUUGAUAUUAAAAUCAAAGAUGCUAUUGGCAGGUACCAUCAAUGUGCUACUAUCCAGCUUGACUUCCAACUGCCCAUUCGAUUUAAUCUUACUUAUGUUGGUAAGGAUGGUGAUGAUAAGAAAAGGCCAGUGAUUAUUCACAGAGCUAUUUUGGGAUCUGUGGAGAGAAUGAUAGCUAUUCUAGCAGAAAAUUACGGAGGAAAAUGGCCGUUCUGGCUGUCUCCACGGCAGGUCAUGGUUGUGCCCGUAGGACCGACUUCAGAAGAGUAUGCCCAGCAGGUUUGCAGCGAGUUUUUUGAAGCAGGAUUUAUGUCAGAUGUGGAUCUCGGUCCAAGCUGCACGUUGAACAAGAAAAUCAGAAAUGCACAGCUGGCGCAGUAUAACUUUAUCUUAGUGGUUGGAGAAAAGGAGAAAGCGAAUAAUGCUGUCAAUGUGCGAACAAGAGACAACAAAGUUCAUGGAGAGAUUUCGGUAUCCUCUGCUAUUGAAAAACUGAAGAAAUUUAAAAGUUCACGUAUUCCAAAUGCAGAAGAAGAAUUCUGAUGUUGCUGCUGGGCAUCUAGUAGUUGUUUUCCAAUGUGAAAUGGCAUUCCUUUUCUCCUGUACAGCAGUAGGGCUCCUCUAAGGAAGUUUUCAGUUAAUGGACACACAAAAUAAGCAAAUGUAGCAACGUGGGUGCUGCCGGAAUAGCAUGAGAGGAGAGAUGCAGCUGCCAACUCCCUUGACAGUCCCACAGGACUCCAGUCUGGGCGGGUUGGAGAAUGCUUAGUAAAUAAGUCCUGUACCUCUGCUAAAAUGUGUUGUUUUUGCUGUGGAAAUAAAUGAGGGCUGCAAGAGGUCCUGGAGCGGGAGGCUGGGGUGGUUCCUGGGUGCUGCUGCAGUCGUGUUGCUGCCGCAUAACUGCCGUGACCUGGAAGCCAGAGCUUGGCGGUUGGGGGGUGCAUCAGGAACGUUGUGCUUCUGCUGUUUUGUGACUUCAGAUUGUCAAAUUUCCUUUUGGCCGGGGAGCGGAGUAGCUCGAUUCUGAAUUUGUGAUCAGAGGCUACAAACGUGUCUGUUGGAAAUCCCGGUGAAACCAGGCACUGACUGUGUUGCUUUGCCAAGAAUGAAAUUGCGUUUCUCACCAUUACCUGUGUGUGGAAAGUGCUUUAUUUUUUCCCCGUGUUUACUGUUACUUCAACUUCUUUCUAAAGCAAACAAACCUUUGGAAGAAGAGUGUGAUUGACUGCUGUACUCGUGUGGGACGCUGAAAAGGCUGAAAGGGGCGGAUGACAAUUUUCAUGUUAAAAUAUAGCACGUUGGAAAUUAAAUUUGCCAUAUUUAUCUGAUUUAUUUAUGCUUGGAAAGGAUUUAAAAGUUACUGUUUCAGGCGGGUAUUUUUUGAAAUUACUUUUUACAACUUCCCUUCGGUUUUAUAUGCUGUGUUUCAGUUACAAGGCUUAGAUAACAUUCAGCAUUAUUCAUCUAAGCUGUAGCGC